AGAUGAGUGCAGCCGAGAGAGAGAGAGAGAGAGCGAGAGCGAGCCACUGCGCACGGCUUCAUCAUCAUCAUCAUCCUCAUCAUCCCCGACAGCGCGUGACACACGGAGCUCGGAGCCGCUCAUCAUGCGCAGGAUUCGGGCCAACGCCAUCCUCAUCCUCACCGUGGCCUGGAUCCUCGGCACCUUCUAUUACCUGUGGCAGGACAGCAAGCCUUCCUCCUCCUCCUCCUCCUCCUCGGGAUCCCAGCUGAAGAGCCACGGGAGACCGGAGGAGCGCACUCUUCCUCUGAUCGUAACUCACGCACCCAAGCUGGAGCAGCAGGGUCAGCUCUUGGGCCAGUUUGAUGAAAAGGCUUUUCUAUCCAGUAAGCAGCUAAAGGCAGGUGAGGAUCCGUACAGAGAGCAUGCCUUCAACCUGCAGGAGAGCGACCGGCUCGGCAGCGAGCGCACCAUCAGAGACACGCGCCACUAUCGAUGCGCCUCCGUGACCUUUGACCCUGACCUGCCGACCACCAGCAUCAUCAUCACUUUUCACAACGAGGCUCGCUCCACUCUGCUGCGCACCAUUAAAAGCGUGCUGAUGAGAAGUCCUCCUCACUUGAUACAGGAAAUUAUUCUUGUGGACGACUUCAGCUCUGACCCUGAAGACUGUCGACUGCUCUCUCAUCCGAAGGUGCGCUGCUUGAGAAACGAGCGCCGGGAAGGUCUGAUCCGGUCUCGUGUUAGAGGAGCGUCUGCGGCCUCAGCCUCCAUCCUCACCUUCCUGGACAGUCACUGCGAGGUCAACACCGACUGGCUGCAGCCCAUGAUCCAGAGAGUCAAAGAGGAUCAUACGCGCGUGGUCAGUCCCAUCAUCGAUGUGAUCAGUCUGGAUAAUUUCGCCUACCUGGCCGCCUCUGCAGACCUGAGAGGAGGUUUCGACUGGAGUCUGCACUUCAAAUGGGAGCAGAUUCCUAUAGAACAGAAAAUGGCAAGAAACGACCCAACGCAGCCGAUCAGGACUCCUGUGAUCGCAGGAGGAAUCUUUGUCAUGGAUAAAGGCUGGUUUAAUCACCUGGGACAGUACGACACUCGCAUGGACAUCUGGGGGGGUGAGAACUUUGAGCUGUCGUUCAGAGUGUGGAUGUGCGGCGGCAGCCUGGAGAUCCUUCCCUGCAGCCGCGUGGGCCACGUCUUCCGGAAACGCCAUCCGUACGACUUCCCCGAGGGCAACGCGCUCACCUACAUCAAGAACACGCGGAGAGCUGCUGAGGUCUGGAUGGAUGAGUAUAAACAGUAUUACUACGCGGCGAGGCCGUCAGCGCAGGGCAAGGCCUUCGGGAGCAUCGCGGAUCGGCUGGCAUUGAGGCGGAAGCUGAACUGUAACUCUUUCCGCUGGUAUCUAGAGAACGUGUAUCCUGAGCUCAAGAUCCCGGAGCAGGAAGCGGCGUACAGUCUCCUGAAGCAGGGCGGCCUGUGUCUGGAGAGCCACGGCACGGACAGUCUGGGUCUGGCGGAGUGUAAGACCUCGUCGAGCAUCCCUGCUUCACAGAAGUGGACUCUGAUCGAACCGCAGAUCCGUCAGCAUGACCUGUGCCUGGCCAUCACAGCCUUCACCGCAGGGUCAAAGGUCAGACUGGAGCCCUGCAACAUCAAAGAGUCCAGACAGAAGUGGAAGCCCCGAGGUCCGGCGCUGCAGCACAUGAUCAGCGGCCUGUGUCUGGACAGCCAGCCUCCUUCAGGCCCGCCCCUCGUCGCUCAGUGCCGCCCCCAGGUGGCCAGCCAAUCCUGGGAGCCGCAGCUGGUCACCUGACUCUGAGAGCUGGCGCGGAAGGCGGGGAAAGGGGAGGAG